AUGGGAACAUUUACCUCAGCGUUGCCUUCGAAUAAACGAGAUUAUGAUGAAAAAAAAGAUGAAGAGAGCGAUGAAGAAAUUUAUACCGAAGAAGAGGUAUUAUCUGGAACCGUCGCAAGGCCUUUAUUAAGUGAACAAGAAAUACCAAGAGAUAGUACUAUUUGGAACCGUUACGUAUAUACGAAUAAACGAAAUGAUGAUGUCAAAAAAAAUGAAGAGAGUGAUAGUGUCUUGCAACAAGGCCCUUCAAAAAAAAAUGAAGAAGAGAGUGAUAGUGUUUUGCAACAAGGUGGUAUAGCCGCUACAAGGUUAAUUCAAAGCUGCUACAAGGUUAAUUCAAAGGUGAAAGAGAAAACUGACCAAGAAACUUCAAAAACAGUGGAUGAGAAAAUUGACAAAGAAACUAAGAAAGUUGAAGUUCAG